AUAUGGAGGAAGCGACCAUGGCCAUCUUCAAAGCUGUACAAGUAAGGCGAACUUGCUCAAUAUUGAUACACUGCUUUUGGAGCAAAUGGCGGCCCACUUUGAAAACAGCGCACCCUUUGGCGAACGCAACCCUGCGCAGGAAAACAAGGCCCUGUCCCGACUGUAUCAAGACAUUCUAAUAUCUAAAAACGUCUCCCGAUAUGAUCAAAAAGGACUCUCAGUUGCAGAAGUACCGUCUUUCUCUAGUAAAGUGUCUCUCGCCGUUGAAGACGAGGUGGCGGCACUGGACGAGAAAAUGCCUGGAUUUGGUAAGGGAGGAAUCGAAACGUCAACGUACACAGGAGGUUCUAGUAGUUCCUCUGCUGCAACGUCAACGUCUAAAACUACAUCUGUGCGGGCUACGAACAGGGCAAGUCGAGGAGGUGCAGCUGGAACAAUGAACUCUUACCCGGACGAGCAGGUCGGUCACGACGAGAAGUCAAUGCAAUGGCAUCACGCGACUUCUGGCAAAGGCACAGCACAGCAAAACUCGUCUCCUGAAGUUCAGCUGCAGUCUUCGGUGAGGACACACCAUCAAGAAGCGGAUAUCAUGCCGUCCUCGUCGCGGUUACCUUCGUCCACGCAAUCCGCUUCGGCUCGAGGGCGCGAGAGCUGUAUGACAGCGACUAGAAGAAACGACCUCAAUUCUAAAGGUAAUCAACAUGAAUAUCUUGAUGAAGAUCCUGUUCUUGUGCCAGAAGCUUGGCACAGUACUAGCAGCUCUGCCGGAAGCUCUUGCACCGUGAACAAGAAUAUAAUCAGAAGGGCGUCGACCUGGCGCAACUCAAAAUCCAAUGUUGCAACGAAUCAUCUUAACAAUAACAAAGGAGGCACCUUGACCUUCGGUACUGCUGCCCAGUCAACAUCAGCGCAAGAAGAUGAACUACAUCAUCACGCAGGUACUGCUGCCCAGUCAACAUCAGCGCAAGAAGAUGAACUACAUCAUUAUCAAGCAAAGCUCGUGCCACCUCCUCCUCCUCCUCCUCCUGGGCUUCACCUGCUGAACAGGAGGAGCACGCGUCCCAGCGCCGGAAUGUCCUCCGCACCUACGACUCUGUGCUCCACCGCAGCUGGACGAGUCGAAUACCAUCAGAGACUUUCGAAGUCUCCAGGAGGUUCGUGGUCACGAGGACGGGGGCCUCGACAUACGCAGUCAUCUUCAGCCUCAUCCCAACACCAGUCGUGCGAUAACAACGUCAACGUCGCUCGACCAAGUUUUAUUAAUAAAGGUUCUGGAGGAUCAGGAUAUCUUCAGCGGCCACGGGAGCAAGAGAAUUCACGACCAUGCACUGUCGGUCGUGAAGAGACGACAUCUUCAGCCAGUUCCCAAGCAGCGAUAGCUCCCUCGCCACCUCCUGCACCUGUACGACAGCACGGCGCUCCUGCGACGUCUUGUUCUUAAGGCCCGAUGGAUAGAAUUCAUUUCCACUUUGGUUUCCUUCUUUGGUUUCCUUCUUAGGAUUCGGAAGAAAUCAUGAAGGGAACAAGAAGUGAAUGGCUUUGAGCGCUAACGUUCUUCCUCAAGGUUUCAAGAUAGUAGUGUAGGUCCUUCUGAAUACAAGAAGGUCUCGUCCUCCGCAACUUCUUCGGGUCUGGAGACUCUUCAUGAUGACUCAAUAUCACGCAAGAACUCAAAGAAAACAGCGAGCACACAGCUAACACAGGGGCACACGGCAGCUACACAGCAAACUACACAGUUACACACGGCCAGUACACAGCGUGGCAGCAAAGCACAGCACACAGCGAGCACAACAGGAGCUGCUCCAAAGGGCAACGGAAAGGUUGGAGUAGCGACGGGGAUCAGGUCGUCACGGUACAGUCGGAAGGGUGCUCUUCUUGAUCAUUAUGAUGUUGGUGAUCGAGAUCAUAUCCCACAAGCACAACGACUACAACGUGAAGCUCUAGGCGAUGAAGAGCACUUAAUAGAGCAGCCUGCUUCUUGGGAUGAAACAAGAGAAUGCACAGGGUCUGCUCCUACAUACCAAUCGCAGAAGCACCAUCUGGCUGGUGCUUACCUCCCUCCUAAUGAUCGCAAUUACAAAGCAACUGAGCAGGACAACAUCGACAACGAAUAUCAUUACGACGUCGACGAUAACAACAAAAAACGGUAUGAAAAUGGAACACAUCUUCAACGGGAUCCCGAUCGCGAUACUACAACUGCUGUUGAUCAUGGUCACGAGUUUGAGCCUGAGGACGGGGGAGAAGGAUCCUCCUUGAGCGGUCUGAGUCUUACCUCCCGGCAACUGGCCGAGUAUGUUUUGAGAAACCCGAACAGGUUGCGACAGUUAUUGCGUCUCAUGGCGUCCAACACGAACUCUGAUGGAUCGAAGAGUGAGUCUUCCUCUGGUCAUCUUAAGGCUUCAUCCCCCAAUCCAUCUUCGCAAGCAUCCUCAAGAGACUUUUCAACAAGGGGGAAAUAAGCCGUCUUUCAGGAUGCGUCUCGAGAUGGAUUAGCAUUUUUAGGGCGAGCUCUAAUGGUCUUGGGGUUGGAGGUUGUACUCUGUCGCUGUCCUCUCUAUCUAGUAAUGAGCAGGCUCGCCAGUUUAUGUUCCAACUGCUUCGAAAUCGCGAUUUCUCAUCUUCUGCUGAAGAACGUCAUAGAAUAUAUGACUCACCAUCGAUGACAACACUAGGAGCAGGUAGUGUUGGAGAAGACGUGGGCGUCGAGAUGACCCAACAAUAUGAAGAUCAUGUGGAUAAUUUGUAUGCUGCGGACUACAGCAGCACGACAACCACGACCUCUCAGCGAGGUGCUGGAGUGGGUGUCGAACGAGAACAAAUUCGAGGACAUCAUGACGAGGAGCGGAAGCAUCUUCGUCGUCAAGAAGGCGCAGCAUCUUCGAGGAUGAAUAACUCUCGACAACGCGGCCUCUACAGGAACAACUCUGAAAAGCGUGACCGUCAUCAUGAUGCGGAUAUUGGACCAGCUGCCUCUACAGGACAUGGACAUCAAGGAAAUAAGGCGCGAACGAAGGAGGCAAACGGACAAAGGCAGCCUCUGCGACAUGCGCAGAGCCUGACUGGUAUUUAUGAUAGCCCCGGGGACGCGCACUUCCCCGAGCAGGAGCCGGGCCUUGGAGAUGAACAUCGGGAUCAUCAUGAUCUUCCGUAUUACAACUACAAUUCAUCAUCAUCUCGGCGACAGCAUCACCAACGAGUACUACAAGAACCAUGUGAAUCUUCGUCACACGUUGAUGUAGACCAGCACUGGUGCGUCGAUUCGCAAUACAAGAAGCUUACAAGCAACACCGGUCACAACCUCGACGAAGAUGAAGACCUCCAUGACCAGGGUCCUCCGCCUCGAACGAGCCACAAUGCCAAUGCCGCUUCUCGUGAGGGAGGAAGUGGACGCGGUCUUCCUGCAACUUCUAGAAAAUGCACCACCAUAUCUUUGUCGAAGCAGCUUGAAGGCAUCAAUCAGAACUACAAUAACUACAACUCAUCGUCGUCCCAUAAUCAGGAGCACGAGCAACAGCCGAGUGGUGGUCUUCGUCCUACGUCUGGUCCUCGUGGCCAACACCAAAGCGUAGAAGUCGCGCGCAAGACCCACUACAGCUACAACCAGAGCUAUUCUUGUUCAGCGCAAGGAAAAAACUAUCACCAGCAGCACUUCGUCCGACAGGAAAAUUUGCAUUUUCGAAAUAAUGGAGCAGCAGGAGGAAAACCACCGGGCACCACAAGUACAAGGGAAAACAACCGGUGUGGCGGACCGACUCAACGUGCUAAUAAUGCUGGUGGAUCUGGCGGAGGUGCGGCGGGGCGUGGAGGAGGUAGCGGUCGCACAAACAACCACGGUGGAACACGUGGCGUGCGACAUACGCAAACACACACUCAUAAUGGUGACAACAACUUCAACCAGUCUCAGAACACGUCUAAACGUCGCGUUUUGCAACAUCAACACCAAGCAAUUGUUCAACGAUCUAGGAACCAGACCACAACAACAACAAGUGUUGACAGCACGACGAGAGGAGUGACAGCACGAGAAGUGCUGGCACCAGUGGCACGACCUGGAGUGCCAGCACGAGAGGAACAGGCGCACAAGCUCAUCAAACCAGAGGACACACAAUAAACUCACACCAAGCUCCGACGGCCAGUGCCACCUCAGCCUCUACCAGAUUUCCAGCCGAGGCUCCUGAGGCGGCGAAGAUGAUGGGAUGGACGGGUACCAAGAACAAGACAGGUUGGAGAGCUUCACUUGCACCUUCGCGAUAAAAGUUGGUAGAUUACUAGUUACCAAGAAUAUCUUCAACAUCAACAUUGUAUGCCUUCGUUAGUAGAAGCGGUUGCAGUUGCAGUUCAGAAGUAGUAUGUUUUUCGGCUCUUUCAACAUUAAGCUUAAGAUUUCUAGUGUGGAUCAUAGCUCCCGCGUCUCUUUUACUCGGGUCGCUACGGCACCAGGCAGCUCUGAGUUGCUACGUGGUUCGAAUGACUGAAUGAAUGAAUAUUACAUAUAAUGCACGCAACAUACAACUAAAAAUCGUACAACUUUAAUAACUUUCAUUUUCGAAAUAUCAAGUCUAAAUUUGUUCUGUAUCAACUACUUCCAUAAACGUACCCUAAUACCCGCAUCCUAAUUCUUUUGAGAAUGCGAUUUUGGUUUUCCGUGUAAAAUUAAUAAAGUUAUCUUUCAUCAUUGACAUUGUCAUAGUCAUUCUGAUCGUCUUCGUCUUCGUCUCCUUACUAGCUAGGCAUAGGCUCUUUCGUCCUGCAUUAACUUCAUCCAAGAAUUUCAACUUUUUCAAGCAUACAUACGUUUACUUAUGACCUGUACUGGAUUUCUUGCAGAAUUGAGUGUCUAUGUGGUGUCUCACCGUCAUCUAAGAAAUGAUCCGAAGAGGAAAUGUUUAUGAUCUUUUUAGAUGAUGUGUCGAGGAAGUAGAAGUUUCAAUGGAAUGGGUGUUGUAAAAGUUAAAAUUUUUGCGUUGUCGUCUUCGUCAACAUCUUCGAGGGGGGUAAUCAGUGGACCUCAUCUCAGCUGUGCCUAACCGCAGUAGCUCACGCUGCCUAGUGAGGCUAUACUUAAUUUUCGCCACGCUGUCGCACCUUCUAGCGUCCAGGCUGAAGCGAAAAGCCCUUGAAUCUUGAAUCUUCGUUGUCUAUGUAUAAUUAUUAUCUUGAGCAAAGGACGUUUACGCUAGUUAAUGUUAAACAUAAAGAAUAAUGCGCGGUCACCAGGGGGCAAAGCGCGGUAGCCCGAGUCGUGCGGGCGUGACCGUAGCCAUUUUGGCUCAAGCCAUUUUGGCUCAAGGUUGCCCGCGCCUUGUUUGCCUUUGCCACGUCCUCUCCCCCAUACGGAGUUUGGCUUUGGGCUUAUAAGUAUGACAGGUCUAGGUAUUUAAUUGAGCGAAAGUCGAAGAUCAACUUCAACACUUUGCUUUAGUUGAGACCCCACUCCUUCGUUACCCCUGUUGUGGGUUAUGCUUUUUAGCACGCGCCACGUACUAUUACUACUACUACCUGUUCUUCCUGGAGGUUUUUCCACGCAGUGCUCCUGGUUUGUUGAAAGGUGACUGCGACUCGUGUGGAGCUGGAGGUUUGACGACGAAGAAGGGGACACGGUCACGACAAGAGACAAAAUCGCUGUAGUACCCCUCAAACGGGGGAGGCGCCACCUGUUUCCCUAGUUUCUCGAGCUGUUCGAAUGCUAACCAGAAUGCCCACAGGCGAAAAUGCCCUCAAGGCGCAAGCGCCUGUCUCGAGCCGCCAACGAAAAUGGCGCCCGUGCCUUGGGGCCAUUUUUGGGGACGCCUGGCUUCCAAGUAAGACUAAGACUCGCCACAGUAAGGCUGAGUCUCGCCAGAGUAAGACUGAGGCGCGUCACAGUAAGACUGAGGCUCGUCAUAGUGAGAGGCCUGCCAUUUGAUUGCCACACUCACCCCAGCGACAAUUCCCACAGCUUAGAAAUAAUAAAGUGCAGCUUUUUUCUAGCUCUUACGACUUUACUCAGGUCAUCAGCCUCGGUGCUUGCUGACUUUACGCAGGUCGCCCAUCAUCCUCUGAGGCGAUCAGGUGCCGGCGGGGCUCGUUGUGCAGGAUCCAUAACCUAACCUAACCUUUGGUCUCACUAAUCUAGUACUGUGAUCUUCACAAGGUGAAUGCGAACAGCGCCUCCAUGGUUUGUUACAAACGACGUAUUUCGAGCAAAUACUGGUUAUCUUUUUUACUUAGGUCGUAGUUCAUGCCAGCAUAACUGUAGCAGCACCAGCAGCUGUCGUGUAAGUAAACAAAUAAUGAUAUUUUCUAUGCUAAAUGUUCAAGUUCAACAAGAGAAAGAGUCAUCAUCAAAAUUCAAAUGAGUUCAAGGUAUGCAUCAACAAAGUCUCUCUGUAAAGGUGAUUCUGAUUCAUCAAUUACAUCAUAUCUUGUACUAUUCCGUUCUCUCAUCUCCAACAUAUUAGCGAUUGAUAUUGAUAUUGUCAUGAUGUUCAUGCUUGACGUGAUCAUAAGAACCCUCGAAUCGGCAAGCAAUUCAUGGCAACUCUCCUGAGACUGUCAUAUUGGUCCAUCAAACACGCGUCCUAUUAUUGAACAACAGCUGCGCCAGUCGGUCUCGGUGUAGUCAGCGGCUUUCACC